AUGGGAAAGUUCAAUCAGUCUUCUGUGACAGAAUUUGUCCUGCUGGGGUUUUCAGAUUACCCAGAGCUCGAGGCUGUUUACUUUGUGAGCAUAUGUAUGUAUCUGGCGAUCCUGCUGGGAAACAAAGGCAUCAUCUUUGUGUGUGUUUAUGACUCCCACUUGCACACCCCCAUGUACUUUUUCCUCAGUAACUUAACAUUCUUGGACAUCUGCUACACUAGUUCGUCUAUUCCUCUGUUUCUCAGCAGCUUCUUAACUUCAAAGAAAACCAUUUCCUUCUCUGGGUGUGGAGUGCAAAUGUUUCUUUCCCUUGCUAUGGGAGAAACAGAGCGUGUCCUUCUAAGUGUGAUAGCGUUUGACCGCUAUGUGGCCAUCUGUAAUCCUCUGAGAUACCUCGUCAUCAUAAGCAAGGCUUCAUAUGUGCCCAUGGCUGCUGGGACCUGGAUUGCAGGAGGUGUGAAUUCUAUGUUGCAAACCUCUCUGGCGAUGCGGCUUCCUUUCUGUGGGGACAAUAUCGUUACUCAUUUCAGUUGUGAAAUCUUGGCCGUCUUAAAAUUGGCUUGUGCUGAUAUCUCCAUAAAUGUUAUUAGCAUGAUUAUUGCUAAUAUGAUUUUUCUUGUGGGCCCAGUACUUUUUAUUUUUGUUUCAUAUGUUUUCAUCCUCUCCACCAUCCUGAGGAUUCCUUCCGCAGAAGGACGGCACAAAGCCUUUUCCACUGGCUCUACUCAUCUAACAGUGGUGAUUAUAUUCUAUGGGACCAUUCUCUUCAUGUAUGCAAAACCCAAGGCUUUCUGGUGCAAAGAUCAAGUUACAGACAAAAUCAUCUCUCUCUUCUAUGGAGUGUUGACACCUAUGCUUAAUCCCCUCAUCUACAGUUUGAGGAACAAAGAUGUGAAGGUUGCUGUGAAGAACAUAUUGUGUCAAAAACGCUUCUCAGAAGGAAUGUGA